GAAUUCCGAUUCUGGCUUGUCACCAACUUCCUGAAUGCCCGUUGCUGGACACAUAUUUUCUCUGACUCUCAGCCUUUUGAUUUUGGUGUGAAAGAUCGGAACCAACCAACCAACGUGUUAUCAGGAUGCCUCCUGCUCUGAGACUGGAAUUUGAGUUCUCCAUCUCCACGAGAUGCUUGAACAGUCUGCCUGGGACCUUGCUUUCUGCUCAGCCUGACUCAUUUCUGCUUGAGCUGUAGGCGUGGUCCCCUGGCUACACGUGUCUGCUUUCCAAUCGUCCUCGCCCCCGUAAAUCUACACACCCAAGAGGAUUUCUCUUCUGUGGUGAUUCUAGACGGAACUGCAGGGCCAGACCCUGUGUUCCAGGCCCAGGAUCAGCCAUGGGGGCCCACGCCAGCGUUACCGACACCAACAUCUUGUCUGGCCUUGAGAGUAACGCAACAGGCGUUACAGCCUUCUCUAUGCCUGGCUGGCAGCUGGCGCUAUGGGCCACAGCCUACCUGGCCCUGGUGCUGGUGGCUGUAACAGGCAACGCCACAGUCAUCUGGAUCAUUCUGGCCCAUGAGAGAAUGCGCACGGUCACCAACUAUUUCAUCAUCAACCUGGCCUUGGCAGACCUCUGCAUGGCGGCCUUCAAUGCCACCUUCAACUUCAUCUAUGCCAGUCACAACAUCUGGUACUUCGGCAGCACCUUCUGCUACUUCCAGAACCUCUUUCCUGUCACAGCCAUGUUCGUCAGCAUCUACUCCAUGACCGCCAUCGCCGCUGACAGGUACAUGGCCAUUGUCCACCCUUUCCAGCCACGGCUCUCCGCCCCCAGCACCAAGGCGGUUAUUGCUGUCAUCUGGCUGGUAGCCCUGGCUCUCGCCUCCCCACAAUGUUUCUACUCCACCAUCACUGUGGACCAGGGGGCCACCAAGUGUGUGGUGGCCUGGCCCAAUGACAACGGAGGCAAGAUGCUCCUACUGUAUCAUCUGGUGGUGUUUGUCCUCAUCUACUUCCUGCCUCUAGUGGUGAUGUUUGCAGCUUACAGUGUCAUUGGCCUCACACUGUGGAAACGCGCCGUACCCAGACACCAGGCUCAUGGAGCUAACCUGCGCCAUCUACAGGCCAAGAAGAAGUUUGUGAAGGCCAUGGUACUGGUGGUGGUGACAUUUGCCAUCUGCUGGCUGCCCUACCACCUCUACUUCAUCCUGGGGACCUUCCAAGAGGACAUCUACUACCGCAAGUUUAUCCAGCAGGUCUACCUGGCACUCUUCUGGCUGGCCAUGAGCUCCACCAUGUACAACCCCAUCAUUUAUUGCUGCCUUAACCACAGGUUUCGCUCUGGAUUCCGGCUUGCUUUCCGGUGCUGCCCCUGGGGGACACCAACCGAGGAAGACAGGCUGGAGCUGACCCACACUCCGUCCAUCUCCAGGAGAGUCAACCGGUGUCACACCAAGGAGACUUUGUUCAUGACAGGGGAUAUGACCCACUCUGAGGCUACCAAUGGGCAGGUUGGGGGCCCCCAGGAUGGGGAGCCUGCUGGACCCUGAAGUCUUGAGCUUGUCUGCAGGGCCCAGGCUUAGCCCCUUUGAGAAUCGGCUGAUGGAAAAGCCCUUACAUAAUAGCUUGUCCCACACCCCAUUCUUCAACACACCAACAGAAAAGAAGCAAGACGGUGCUCAGAGCGCCACAGGCAAUGCUGAUACAAAGAGCUUGGAGAGCAGACACCCAUCAUAGGCAUUCCAGCAACCGAGGAAGGGGCCAGGAAGACUGGGAACCAACAUUUGGCCAAUCCAGGAGCUGCAAAGUGAGUUGUCUCCCGGGAGUAUAGAGAGGGGUGGAAAAACGAUCUCAGGGAAGACAACUGCAGUCAUAAUGAGAAAGGCAGCUGAAGGAUGGUGACAUGGCUCAGCAGCGAGGUCGUAAAGCCACUCUCUGCUAAGCCUCAUGACCUAAGUGCAGUUCCUGAAACCCACACAGAAGGAAAGAACCAACGUCUGCAAGCUGUCCCCUGACCUCCCCAAGUGUGUGUAUGCACAUGUGUGUGUGCAUGUAUAUCUGCACAUGUAUGCACACACACACACACACACACACAUGUACAUGUGCCUGUGCACAUACAAUGUUAAAGAGAAAGAAGGCAACCACUCCAGUGUUAGGGUCACAGGAAAAGGUGGGGACUGUGGCAGCCUGCAGAGGACAAGCACCCAAAGGGAAACUCAGCUGCUUUGCUCUGGAACACAGUUGCCAGGUUUUCCAAAUAAAGCCUGAGAUCU